AUGUUGGGAGCUUUAAAUUACGGGAAGGCCGUCUUCCAUAGAGUCCAUGUUCAGCCUCGUUUACAGGAUUAUGGCAAUAUAUGGAGCUAUCAGGAAUGGCUGGAAGUUCUGGAAGACUCUGCAACGUUCUUCAAGAACAGCAUUGGUACUGAUGUAAAUGCAGAUGAGAGCACAAAAGCAAUGUCUUGUGGUGCGAUUUUGUUAGCAGAUUUAACUAAUGGAAAGCCACAGUUACAGUAUAACUGGCAACUUGCCCUUUCUAGUGAUAACCUCUCAGCACUGCAGAUGCCGCUUGUAAAUCUUGAUUUGGAUAUCGCCAAAAAUGGGUCAGUUACACCCGUCUCUGUAGAGAUGAACAAAGAGGAGCUGCAGAACCUUAUAAAUUCUCUAGAGGCAGCUUAUAAGGUUGUCCUGCAGCUGAAAUAAAAGGGAAACUGUCACUGCCUGAUUUUGAAAAGGUGACCAAAAUGUAUUAAGAGGAAGGACAAUACCCUUUGAUGGAAUUUGAAUCAUUUUUAAAAGGAGCCACUGUAUGAAGGAGCGUAUUUCUCUCUCUGCAGCCCUGCAGAGCCGGGGCGGAACCUGCCAUUUUAUUUUUUGUUGUUGUUCUUCUUUAAAUGUUUACGUUAGCUGUGUGGUUGAUAAAUGUUCUAUCAACAUGAAAUCUUCCCAGUGUUUGAAAUCUGCCAGUAGCUUAUUGAGGUUAACGGUACCUUGAAUACUAUCAAAUAAAGCGCACCUACAAUUUUAAAAUAUUUCAUUCCAUUUUGCAUUCCAGAAACAUUUCUUGAUGUCAGAUCUCCUGUUAGGGAUUGCAAACCUAUAGUUUGUUCACCAUUUUGGAAAUGACUAUGCUAGUAAAUGACAAUGAAGUUGCCAACGCCUGAGAUUUUUCUUUAUACUUUUUCAAAUGAGCCGUUUGUUUAUAUACAGCUGUACAACUAAGAGAAAGCUUUCCAAGACUCUUCACAAAAUAAUUGAUAUACGCGGCGUAUUUUCAGUACCACAUGCUGGUUGGUAUUUUCUGAAUCUAUGCUGGUGGAAUGAUAAUGCAAUGUUCUGUUUACCUAAAGCUGAAAGCUCAA